CUGUGGUGAGGACCCCAGGGAGGUGCUGACGGAUGGGCUGAGGAUGAUGGAGACCCCACGGGGGAGGCUCUGACAGGGCAGGAUGUGCCCUAGGUCACCUCACCUGUUUCCAGCUUCAUCAUAAAAGUCAGUCAGGCUGAUAGAAAGAGGCGGUGCCCACAACUGUAGGCCGCUGCUGGGACUAUCCUGUGAGAGGCAGAACCAGCUUCCAAGGGACCACAACCUGUGCAUCUGUCUCUCCGUCCUGCAUGUCUGUCUGUCCAUCCUUCAAGCACCGUGGUCCCUUCCAUCUGCUCAGCUGACCCCAGAGGGACAGGACGUCAUGACCCCCACACUCACCGCCCUACUCUACCUGGGGCUGAGCGUGGGCCUGAGGACCAGAGUGCAGGCAGGGACCCUCCCCAAACCUACCCUCCAGGCUGAGCCAGGAUCAGUGAUCCCCUUGGGCAGCCCCGUGAACAUCACAUGUCAGGGGACUCUGGGGGCUGAGGAGUACCGUCUGGAUAAAGAGGGAAACUCACCUCCGUGGAAAACACAGAAGCCACCGAACCCCGGAGACAAGGCCACGUUCUCCAUCACACGGACGACAGGCCAUGAUGCAGGGAGAUAUUACUGCUACUAUUUCAGACCCCCUGGCUGGUCAGCGCGCAGUAACACCCUGGAGCUGGUGGUGGUGACUGGACCCUAUAGAAAACCCAGCCUCUCAGCCCUGCCCAGCCCUGUCGUGGCCUCAGGGGGGAACGUGACCCUCCAGUGUGCCUCAGGGCAGGGAUUUGACAGGUUCAUUCUGACGAAGGAAGGAGAACACAGGUUCUUCUGGACACUGGACUCACAACCACACACCACAGGGCAGUACCAGGCCUUGUUCCCUGUGGGCCCAGUGACCCCCAGCCACUGGUGGACAUUCAGAUGUUAUGGCUAUUACAGCAACAGCACCCAGGUGUGGUCACAGCCCAGUGACCCCCUGGAGCUUCUGGUCCCAGGUGUGUCUGAGAAGCCCUCCCUCCUGGCCCAGAAGGGCCCCAUCGUGACCUCUGGACAGAGCCUCACCCUCCAGUGUCGCUCUGAUGUCGGCUAUGACAGAUUCGCUCUGUCCAAGGAGGGGGGGCUGGACCCCACACAGAGCUUCGUCCCGCAGACCCAGGCUGGGCUCUCUCAGGCCGACUUCUCCCUGGACACUGUGAGCACCUCCCACGGGGGCCGGUACAGAUGCUACGGUGGACACAACCUCUCCUCCGAGUGGUCGGCCCCCAGUGACCCCCUGGACAUCCUGGUGGCAGGAUGGCUCUCUGACAGACCCUCCCUCUCGGUGCAGCCGGGCCUCACGGUGACCUCAGGAGAGAACGUGUCCCUGCUGUGUCAGUCACAGAGCCCUAGGGACACUUUCCUUCUGUCCAAGGAGGGGACAGCAGAUCCCCCCCUGCGUCUUUCAUCAGAGCACCGAGCUCAGCAGUACCAGGCAGAGUUCUCCAUGAGUCCUGUGACCUCCGCCCACGGGGGCACCUACAGGUGCUACAGCUCACUCAGCACCGCCCCCUACCUGCUGUCAUACCCCAGUGAGCCCCUGGAGCUGCGGGUCUCAGCCUCCCACUCCCUAGACUACACAGUGGAGAAUCUCAUCCGGUUGGGCGUGGCUGGCUUGAUCCUGGUGGUGCUCGGAGUGCUGCUGUUUGAGGCUCGAAACAGCCAGACAAGUACCCACCAGGCGGCUGGGAUGUAAACACAAGAGGAAACAACGCAUCUUCACAGAGGGUCACCAUGGAAAUGAAUCUCAUGUGCCCAGACAGCUCUGGAAGAGAAUCUGGGACCUAUGCGGUGUGACCUGUGUGCAGCUCACUGCAGGGGGAGCAGUCAUUGUCCACGUGCAGGGAGAAUGUCUGGGACCUUUUUCAUUAAACUGUGUACACUGCCUUCCCCACCAUUGCUGAGUCCAGUGAUGGGUCCUGACUUUCCUCUUACGGAGGAAUGAGAGUUUAUCUCACGUGGCAGAUGUCAGUCGACACCUCCUACACCUUCAUGGAAUAGAUUUUCCUUGAUUUGUAAUCACACAAACCUUGAGGGAGGGACAGAGUAUCCAUCUGCUCAGUUCAGAGCCAUCCAUUCUAAUCAAUUGAUAAGGUGGCAUAAGCAAGAUCCAUUCCAAAGUAGAUAAAUCAUAAUCAUCAUGUAGCUCCCUCUCUGGACUCCACCUACGCUUCACUUUCCCUCAAAGGCCACCUGUGUACUUUCUUCAACAACCUUGCCCUUGGAUCCAGAGGUUGUUGUUUGAAAGGCUCCCCUGGGCUGUGCUGCCUCUGAAACCCGUUGUUCUAAAUACCAUGCAAUGUACCGAUGUGUGUUACAGAGUGUACACCUCACACCUAUGUAACUUUAUUAACCAGGGACACCCUAAUAUAUUAAAUUUUAAAAAAAUGAUAUGGUUAUAAUGAGGCUUGGUCAAAAGCUGUCCAUCGGCUGCACUAGCUCUGGAGCCUCCCAGGAGGUAUAAAGUUAUCUUCCCCCAGUGUCCUACCUGGGGCCGUCUGGCACAAACUACAGAACAGUCUGAGGGGGGCUGCAUGUUGCAUUGGGCGUGGAGGUGCCCAAGAGAGUUAAGUUGUGAACCAUGGUGUCUGCCACUAGGAGGUCCUAAGGCCACUGAGCAAGAGGCCCAGGGCAUUUCAGGGCCAAAUGCUCCUUCUUUGAAUAAUGUUAGGAAACACCAGAGAAGCCAUUUGUAUGGAAAAGUUACUGGAAACAGCUUGAGUAGGCUUGAAUGUUGGAUGGGACAAGGUCUCAGGAAAUCAGCAGAGAGUGGGGCAAACAGUGUGAGCCAGAUUUAUGGAGACUCAGAGGUGGCGUCUGCCUGCGGGCUCUGUGGGGACGGUCUCAGAAGAGGGGAAAUGGCCUCUGCCAGCACUUCUGUCUGGCAGAAAGCCGCCCCGCAUCAGCUCUCACUUGGGUGACAGACAAUUCAGUUCCUGCCCGUGUGUCCUUGGUUCUUUUCAAGCUGUCACCACAGAGUUGGAGCUCAGAGUGAUGAAUAUGAGUAAGUUUGUUCUCAGGCCCUGUAAGAGGAAUGCCUGGGGCUUUAGAGACCAUCUGUCUCACUUGGCCCAAAUCCCCACUGUUUUUUAAACCAGAAGUUGGAGAAUUCUCUUUCUGGCAUUGGAAUCCUGGGUUGAGUGACUUGGUGUGGAGCUAGGACAGCCUGUCCUCAGGGGGAAUCUCCACAGCCAAGAUUGUCUCCCCAAUAGUUUUCUGUCACCAGUGUAUUUGAGACCAGCCCAUCCCAUGUCUUCGCCCUUUUUGCCAGUCUCAGCGUGGCUUGCUUUAUAUGUCUCUAUUUGUACAAUUUCCAUUCACCUAGAUUUCAAUCAUAUUUGAAUGAUAAUUAAUUUAUACUUUUUUUCUUGAUUGAUUUUAGAGAGAGUUUGGGAGAGAAAGAGAUAGAAACAUCAAUGAGAGAACAUCAAUUGGCCACCUCCUGCAUGCUCCCCACUCUGGAUUUGGUCCAAAACCUGGGCUUGUGCACUGAACAGAAAUUGAACCAGCCAGGCCAUUGUUUUGUACUUUACAUGUAAUUUGAUAAGAGUUUAGCAAGUGUGUGUGGUUUUUGUUUUGUGACUGGUUUAUUUCAUAUGCCCUCAAGAGCCAUCUAUUUUAGCCUGUGAGAUCAUUUCCUUCUUUCAUCAAUAAUUUACAUUUUCAAAAAAUGGGCAGAGGAACUAAAU